AUGCAGCCCCACGCGCGCCAAAGGGCAGCGCGUCCCGCCCCUGCCCGCCUGGCCGGCCGGCCCACCGCGCCCCCGCCUCGUCCGCCACUCGCAGCCCCUGCGACCCGGCCUCCCGGGUCCGCGCCCCGCCGGGCCCCGACUCUAGCGCGCGCCCCGCCUCCGCCGCUCGGCCCCCUUGGCCCGCCCCGGCCCGGCCCGCGGCGGCGGCAACGGAGUGUCACGGCGCCAUUGCUCUCCUGCCUCCGCUCUGCACCAUGUCAGGAAGGAGAAGCGCUCCUUCACCCGGGGGGCAGGGGCGGCGGCCUGCGGCGGCGGCCGGCGCGGGGGGACCCGGCGGGGGAGGCGCGGGGCGGGGAGGCAGCAGGACAGGGUGUGGGAGGGGAGCGAGCCGCACCGCCGCAGCGGCCGUCCCCUCCCGCGCCCGCCUCAACUUUUUGUACAGCCCGGAGAGGCGCGGGCACCCCGAUCUCCGCGGUCCAGCAGCGGGUCCUCUCCAAAGACGCACAGCAGAGUUGGGGGCCGGUUCUCCCGGCAGCCCGCUCCUCCGGAGCAAACUUAGCGGCGCGGCCAGCCCCACAGCCAUUUUCCCGGGGAGGCGGCGGAGGCGAUCGUGCCCGCAGUUGUCGCCGCGGCUCCAGGACCCGAUCGCUGCCCGGCACCCUGGGCACAGUCCUCCCUGCAUCCCCCUCGCCGCCUGCGGAGCUCCCAACUGCACCGGGACCCCGUCGCGGCAGCAGCUGCUCCCGCCGCUUUGCCCAUUCAGCGGCCCCCGCUGACCACCUACCUACUGCGGGUGCAGAGCGCUGUCAGCUCUCCAGUCUGCCGCCCCACCGAUCGCCGUGGGUCCCAGUCCGGGUAGCACCGCUCCCGGCCGCAGCGGCAGUUCCUGCGCCGGGUUCCCCUACUCGCCCCGAUUUACUGCCACAAUCCACCAAAUAACAAGCUGUUGAGCAGACUCGCUUCUACACGAACUCCUAUUGGCUGCUCAUGACGCCGAAUAGCUUCGGAUUGGAGCUCGCUGUCUGCCUUUCUCAUUGGAUGUAGCUGUGAAACUUCCAUGAUUGGUGCGGAAAACAGCAGGUAGGAUAUCUUCCACUUCUGAUUGGCUAGAUUCGAAGACGCACGUUAUUGGAGGAUAGAGGAUUGAGCAAGAGAGCCCAAAAAAUUGAUUGGAGGAGACGACUCCGGAUGUGCUUGACUGAACACUGAUUGGAGAACAGAGGGGUCAGGAAGAGCAGUUCUGCACGAGGAUUGGGCGGUGGCGUGUCCCAUGGAAACGGAAUCCAGAACUGCAGCCAGGGUUUUGCACGGGGGCGGAGCCGGGUCUUCCCCAGGCGCCUGCGCUUAACCGGUUUCCCGGCGCCAUUUUGUCCCGGCAGCAGCAACCCGCAGCUCUAUCCCAUUUUCUGUGUCCAGAGGGAAGGAAGCGGACUCUAUCUGAGUUGUCCCGAAGACAACAUACACCUCCAUGACAACCCAAAGUAUCACAGAGGAAAUGAAAAGCUGCGGAUUCAAAGUUAAUUAAGAUAAGGUUUGACCAUAGAAGACUUCUAGAAAAUCCUGGCUGCUGGUGUGGAAAAUGAGACCCAGAAGAAAAAGAAAACAGGUGACUGGAAUGCUGGUCCCCCUGUGCAGGAACAGCUCAGGAGGCUGCCUGAGACAUGAGUGUCCCUGUAGUAGCCAGUGAAUCUUGUUAGCUAUCAGGUUCUCGUGACUUAGUAUUGCAUGUCAUCCUUUCAUAUGGCACCAAUGGGGUUUUAUAAAGCCCUAUUAUGGUUUGGUUAUUACAGGCCAAACAGACUUUUAAAGACUGAGAGCUAAUCUUUCCCUGCUCAAGCAUAGAGCAGAGACUCCUUGUUAGCUGAUUUGUGCAUACUGCACAUUCCGUGCAUGUGUUGCUGCAGAAAUGUCCCUACAGUGUUACCAGAGCUGGGGCAGGAAGUAAGGGUGGAAUUCUGAGCAGGCAAAGGCACAGACUGAUGCUGAAGGAAGCAGGAGGAGGGCAGAGCAAGGAGCAGUAAGAGCCACGAGGAGGCGUGGGAUGGUGGAGGAGUCUGGAAAAGUAGCUAGCAGACACCGUCCCAGCAAAAGGCAAACAGCUUUCAUUUUCUACAAAAAUCAAAAUUAUCCAAAUUUAAUAUCUGUGGAAAUAAACUAUUUUAAAUAGAUUCCGUUGAAAAUGUAAUUAGCUGACAUGUUUGGUAUUUUUUAUUGGAAAAAUAAAUUGUUUUUUUUUUCUUAA